AUGGCGGAUCAUGCUGAGCCAGAGUCCGAUGCCGGGGUGAAGCAGGUAGACGGAAUCUCACAGAUUACCACGGUCGCUCUGGAAAACGUUUCGAUCCUGGAGAAGCAACCGAUCGUCUGCGAGCUCCCGCAGUCAAAGCCCACUGAAGGCACCAAGUCCAACCCUGCGAAUGCUGCCAUUUCCUGUGGAAUACAGGUCCCCGUAGAGCGCAGGAUAUUUGGGUCCAAAUCUCAGACACAUCACAGUACCGCCGGGCCGGCGAGCUUUUGUUUUCGGGUGGACGCCGAGUCGUGA